CUGUUUCAGGUGCUGCUUGGAGAGCACAAGUCCACGAAAGAGCUGUUCGCAAUAAAAAUCCUGAAAAAGGAUGUCAUUGUUCAAGACGAUGAUGUCGAAUGUACAAUGACGGAGAAACGGGUACUUUCGCUUCGCGACAAGCCACCAUUUCUAGUUGCCCUUCAUUCCUGCUUCCAGACAAUGGAUCGGUUAUAUUUUGUAAUGGAAUUUGUUAGUGGCGGUGAUCUCAUGCACCAAAUACAGCAAGUUGGGAAAUUCAAAGAACCCGUUGCUGUGUAA